AUGUUCGCCUACAUCAAACAUGGAGAUAAUCAGCGGUUUCUGAUCAAUAUCAAUUGCUGUGUCUACCUGUUGAUGCAUUACAUCCGCAGUAAAUUGGGGUUGGCUAAAACAGACACCAUCGAUUUGUGUGAUGAAUCGGGGACAGUGAAGUUGCUUUUCCUGAUGAAAACCCUUGGAGAAUAUGCCAUCAAAUUCCUUACAGCUCGAAACACCUACUACGUUUGUAAGGUGAUACGUGGAGCACCAGGAACCCGACUUCAGAAUGCUUACCUAGCUUUCAGGCCCUUCCUGAAGACUCCAGCAUUUGAUUUGAUUGGUAAGCAGUGUGAUGGAGAACAUGGCCAAGCUGUGGGUCCCUUUUCCUGGUUGCUAGAUGCCUUGUGCACACAAUGUGGCAUGCUGGAAAGGAGCCGCCUGAAAUUGCUUAGAAUGAAAGCCCCCAAGAAAGCCGCUUCAGAAACCUCCGUGAAACUUAUAGGCAGAUCAGGCGAAGACAGGAUCACUGCCAGGAUUCUGUACCACAAUAUGAGAGUAGACUUUGUCCGCAGGAAGAACAGACUGAGGCUCAAUAAAAAGUAA